GGUGACGUCAUUAACGUGUCAUCCCUCCUGCAGCCAGGGACUGGUUGAAACCGACGGAAAGCUUCUGGAGGUCUGUCACCGACCUGGGGGGAGACAUACACAGGUCAGCCGCCGCACAGUGAGCGUCUCACACACACCCAGCUCCAGACUUUAACCCCGGUAUGUCCACUUUCUGUGUGCUGAGGAGUCGCUGCUUCCUCCGGCAGGUCUUCCCCGGCCUGCCCGCCGCCAUGCACAAACACUACAGCCUGGACGUCUCCUCUCCGCUGCUGCGCACCGAGAGCUACGUGAACGGCCGCUGGGUCCCCGCAGCCUCGGUGUUCCCGGUCCUGGACCCGGCCACGGGGAAGGAGAUAGCCCGGGUGUCAGACUGUGGCCCUGCUGAGGCCAAGCAGGCUGUGGACGCUGCCUACAAGGCGUUUCAUUCCUGGAAGCAGUACACAGCUAAGGAGAGGAGCGUCCUGCUGAGGAAGUGGUUCGACCUGGUGACGCUGCACAAAGAAGACCUGGCCAAGCUGAUCACAUUUGAGAGUGUGAGUAUCAGGUGUAAAAUAAAGGAAGUAUUAAGGGUCUGAAUGUGGGACAAAAUCUAAACCUGCAGGAGGAGG